AUGUCUUUCAGAAUAAAAGAUUUUCAACAUUUUUUCCCAAGUUUUAUAUUUCUGCUCAUUGCUUUUCUAAUUAUUGUGAUCACUGUUGGUAUCACUAAAAAUGCGAAUUUCAACCCGAUGGUUGGACCCAGUUACCCGUUUGAGUACGCCUACUCAAUGCAAGAUACAAGAACGCUCCUGGCUAACCAUUGUAAGUUUCCCUUCAUAUUUUUUGCAAACUAUGAUGUGGAAGAUGGAGUCUACGAAAUAGAUCCCGAAGACGAUUGUGUGCCCCACGAACUGAAUGAAUAUGUGCAUUUAUCAACAAAAGGUGUUCUUACAUUUCGAUCAAAAGUGGAAACCAAUUCCACUUUGAAAUCAAUUAGGUAUGCUAACGUGACUUCUGGAAAAAUAAAAGAUCAAUCUGAUUUUAGGUGCACAUAUUAUAAGCAUAGUGGAGUAUCAGAGAGAUAUUUUGAGGUGAGUGUAAUUCUACCAGAUGUUCCUGUUCAAAUUCCCCAUUACAAUUUUGCUUUUUCUUGUAAAAAAGACGGAAUUGUUGAAUUUGUAAAACCGUUUGUCAAUUUUGCAGCCAUUCCAAAAGAAGUUCCAGGAGAGUCUGUGGCUGUGAUAUUUCUUCCUUCAAUUCACCAUUUGCUAUUUACAAAGAAAAUGACAAGAACGAAAAAUCUCAUGAAACAGAAUGAGUUUGUGUUUGCUCAGAUGAUGAAUAUGAAACAAGAAAAACCGUUUCUCGAUCUUCUCCUCCAACUUGGAAUUUCAAGUGACAUGAGUGUGUUUCAAAAAGCGACGAAACAAAAUUUCACCACAUUUUUCUCUGGACCUCAACAAAUUCGAGACUUAAUUGAUGUAGAUUAUGACACCACGGAUCAUCGAAAACUUAUUUCUGAUUAUCUGAUCGAUGAGAAUUUAUGUCUUGAAGAUGGAAGAAAACUAAUGGAUGAUCAGCUAGAAAACAUCGAAUCGUUUUUGGAAUCUACUUCUGGUUUCAAGUUUUUCUCUGCACUUUUUUUGGACGACUACGGUAGUCAGAGAAGUUUGAUAGAUUAUGAUUUGAGUGAAAUGAUCUCUAGGCUCAGUCAGAAAGGAAUUUUCAAAAGUACUACGCUAAUAGUAACAAGUUAUGAUUCAUCAGUUAAAGAACCCAUGGACCUAAAUUCAAAGAAUCCAUUGUUCGCAAUUAGAGUGUCUGACAAUCUUAGGCCAUCUCUGCCAGCAGAGCAAUAUUAUUUUCACUUGAACUCUUACAGGUUACUGACAACUGCCAAUUCCUAUAAUUUAAUUAUGAACAUGCUGGAGCCGAAAACAACUUUGGACCUGUCUCCUCUAACUCUGCAGUCAACUACCGGUUCUUGCCAGACAGCGGGCAUUUCUGAGAAAAUGUGUCUUUGCAUGAAAUCGAUAGCCACACCUACGUUCCCAGAAUCGAUUAGAGACGGAUACCUGGAAAAGUUGCAAAAAGAGUUUGGCGAAGAAAUUCAAAAAUAUAAGUGUGUGAAAUCUCAUGAAAUUCAAAACGUAACAGAAUUUUUUGAGUAUGAUGAUGACAGGUAUGAAUAUUAUAUGAUUGGUGGAGACUUGAAACCAAUUUUCAGAGGAAAGUUGAUUGUUCUGGAACUAACUGGCCAAGCUUCUAUUAUUGGGAUGAAUCAAACCCAGUUUGAUGUUCCAUUAAAGAAGACGUUUGUUUAUGAUUCAGUAUUGAAGUAUUUCCGAGAAUUCGACUACGCCAGAAUGCUCAUCGGUCCCUAUGGCGUUACGAAUAUUAUUCCUAGCAUUUGUCUUCUUUAA